GAUGCGUUCAGUGGCUGCAGAAAAAGAGCAGCACACUUGACAGCAGCCGGAGCAGGAGCACAGACUCGGGUCACACUGUACGCGAGAGUCCUUUUUCAUUUCAAGAAACCACUUUUGAUCAACAAAACACUCGGUUGAGUCUGGAUUUUACGCGCCGUUCAGGAGCGAGAAAAGACCGCAGAGAGCACGCAGCGAUGAGUGUUGCGCCGCGGUUCCCCGUGUUCCAGGGGGAGCCACUCUCCUGAUAAAGGGACCAAAGAGGACAGACGGAGGAUGCGGAUGAUGUUUCUGAAGAGAAGAUCACAAAGGUGGAGCGAUUAGAGAAGCGCUGAUGACGGGACUAUUAAUCCCUUCAGUGCACCAGAAGCACCAAAAGGUUUUAGAAACGUUCGGAUGGAAAUCGGGCGAGUGUUUAGAACUGUUUUUGGUCCUCUACGAAACUGGUGAUUAGUUCGGCGAACAAACACCCAGGAGUACUUGUUUUAUUCCAGGAGUAUUUUUGGGCUUUAUCUGGUUUCUAAUAAUGAGAUGUUUCCCGGUCUGAUUUGUUUGCCCAGAAAACUCUCUUUUCCGCACCAAGUAUCCCCACAUCUAAAUGGAAUUAGUUGAGCCUGAAGCGGUUUGUGAAAGGAAUAGACAUGGUACAUGGACACCGCUUCCUUCACGCUGUUGCAAGUCUUCUCAUACUUGGCUGGUGUGGUGCAACAAAGAAGGACACAACAGUGAAAAACAAUUCUGGAGUCAAGCCAGCUGGCCAGUGUGGAACAUGGGUGAAGGAACCAGAAGGAGGACUCUUCACUUCUCCCAAAUACCCCGACAAAUACCCCCCAGACACAGAGUGUGUUUAUAUACUUGAAGCUCCCCCGAGGCAGUGCAUCGAUCUACACUUUGAGGAGAAUUAUUCCAUCGAGUCGUCUUGGGAAUGUAAAUUUGACAACAUAGAGGUUAGGGAUGGACCCUUCGGCUUCUCUCCCAUGCUCGGACGCUACUGCGGUCAACAGAGCCCCCCGGACAUCAGGAGUAGUGGUCGCUACCUCUGGAUAAAAUUUGUUUCCGAUGGUGAACUGGAAGCGGUGGGCUUCUCAGCGAGUUACAACUUCACAGCAGAUCCAGACUUUGCAGACUUGGGCUUACCUCCACCUCUGCCCUCAUGCCAAUAUGACAUGGUUGGGCCCGACGGUAUUGUUGAGUCUCAUCAGAUCACGAGAGACGGCAAGGCUGGUGCCAACGAGGCUGUCGACUGUAAGUGGUACAUCCGAGCCCCGCCGCGCUCCAAGAUCUACCUUCGAUUCCUCGAAUAUGAGAUGGCAAACUCCAAUGAAUGCAAGCGGAACUUUGUGGCUGUGUAUGAUGGUGGCAGUUCCGUGGAGGACCUGAAGAGCAAGUACUGUUCAACAGUAGCCAACGACAUCAUGCUGGUCUCCACCCUGGGCGUCAUCCGUAUGUGGGCCGACGAGGCGAGCAGGAACAGCCGCUUCCGCAUCCUCUUUACGACAUAUCAAGAGCCUCCGUGUGAUGCAGAUGCCUUCUUCUGCCACAGCAACAUGUGCAUCAACAGCACGCUGGUCUGCAACGGCAUGCAGAACUGCGUCUACCCCUGGGACGAGAAUCAGUGCAAGGAGAAAAGGAAAGCCAACAUCCUGGACAACCUCAACAACACAAACGGGACCAUAAUUGGCGUCACUUGUUGCAUCGUUCUCCUGCUUCUCAUCGUCUCGGUCAUCGUCCAGAUAAAGCAGCCACGGAAAAAGUACAUUCUGCGGCGUGAGGACUUUGACCCCACCAUGUUUCAAGAGGUCUUUGAGCCGCCUCAUUACGAGUUGUGUACUUUACGGAGUGCCACGGCCGCCACGGCAGCCUCGGCCGACCUUGUGGACCUCGCAGAAGACUUUGAGAACUACCACGCUCUCCGCCGUGCCUCCUCUCGCUGCAUCCACGACCACCACUGUGGAUCGUCGAACCCGGGCUCCGCCCACUUGUCUCAGCUGUCUCUCAGUGGGCGAGGGAGCCGCGGAAACCUGAGCGCUCGUGAAGCAGCGGCUGCCACUUUGCUGGCUGACCUUCCUCAGCCGCCGAUGUCAGUGAGACCGUUGUUGCCCACCACAGGGAACCGCAGGAGCAUCUUGGUCAUGAAGCACAGCUACUCACAGGAAGCGGCUGACAACGGAUGUGACCUGGACGAUGACCUGGAAGAAAUUCCCACCACCAGCCACCGGCUUUCACGCCACGAGAAGGCAGUACAGCGGUUCUGCCUCAUUGGCUCUUUGAGCAAACAUGAAUCAGAGUACAACACAACUAGGGUCUAAGAGACACACUCAAGGUAAGAACCAUCACCCAGCAACCAACAUCUCUGUAUGUUGUCUUCAACUCAUGCUCUUUCACUGUAUAAUUUUUUUGUGUGCAUAGUUUUUAUUUUUCUGUUCUACACUUUUCGUGUGCAGUUUUUGAUGUUUUCACCAAGAUGGAUUUCCUGCUUGCAGCCAUCUUGGCCUUUGUGUGAUGUUGUUUUGAACAGACUGUUAUGCUUAAAUUGGCUGUAUGUUCUCUUUUCCGGGGGACAUGCAUCUUGUUCUCAGUGGAAAUCCAUUAGCAUGAACCCUUUGUACCAUUUUAUGUUUAAUUUGUGUCUGUUAAAGUGUAUAUUUUUCAAGCCGAUGGAUGAGUAUCUGAAUAUGAAUGCGGUUGUGUGCAGUGGGGGUUUUUCCCGUCACCAGCACAUCAUGGAAGGUCUAGAAUAAGUAGAGCCAAAAAUAGUAUAGUUUUGCAUGAUUUAUGUAUUUUUUUAGUGUCAUAUUUUAUUUGUUUGGUAAUGUUAUGAACAGCAUUUUUGCCUGUAUGUAACAUUUUGUGUGUUGUCCGUGAUAGAGCCGGCAGCCAUCAUAAGACUACACUUCAAAUUGAAGACAUUUAUUUUUAAAUGAAUCACGGAAGUUUAUACUGAACUGAACUCUAGACAGCCACUUCACGUGGUUUCUACUGUCAGAUAGUGCUCAUGCAGCCCGAUCAUUUUAUACGGUUCCAAUAAAUGGAGGGCUUGCGCCCCCUACCGUCCAAUGAUUAGACUUGCACCGUCAGUCAUUCGAAAUCAACAAUGUGCAAAAUGUUUACCACACAAUUGACUUUUAGUUUUUUUAAUCACGAACCGUAAAAUAUAAGAAGACAAAUAUACACACAACAAAUACACAACACCAAGUGCAAGUUAAAUCUUAAAGAGGUUUAGGAGAGACAGUUUUAUUAUCAUGCCGUUUAAAUGUGCACUUUAAAAUAUGAGUAAAAUGUGUUUGUUAGCAUUCUAAAGAUUGCUAAUAUUACAAUGCAAAUCUCUUUUAUAGCAACAAAAAAAUAUUUCAAAUAAAUGUGUGUAAAGCAAUAGAAAUGUGGAUGUCACUUCUUGUCAACAAAAUAAUUCAAUAGAUAAAAGCAAUACUUCAAAGACUGGAACCUUAAACCUUAAGAGGAGAUUAGAACAUACAAAUGAUUGAUGGAAAUAUAAUGCUUCUAAUUGACAAUUGGCUCCACAGCUAAUAGUGUAAUUGUAUUUAAUUUUCUUCGAAAUUUGGUUGAAAUACUGUAAGCUUCAACAGAAAGUGUAGCCCACAUCAUUUUUUUGUGGUUGCCUGGACAGGACCACGCACACAAAGUGCUACAUGAAAAUGUUUAGUCCGUGUGUGAUAUAUUUCUGUCUUGUAUGUCUGUGUGCUUAUUUUCUAUAUUAUGUUGCAUUGUCUCCAUCAUGUAGACUUCUUGAGAAUAGUGCGAUCCUGGAUCAGUUCGAACGAGCGUCACUGUCAUUUGAGAAAGCCGAGUGGAGAUUUGCGCCAGCAUGAUGAUGCUGCUGCUGAUGACUGGACUCUGAGGAAAAGCCAAAAUAUAUGUUUCCCCGUGAGAAGCUGAACACACCGGUGUUUGAUCAACAACACGGUCGUCCUUGAAACAAAUGGAUCAUUAGCUAGAUGAAACACUGAUGUUUGUUUUCAUUUCAGUUUGUUUCUACAUGCCAUGGAUUUGUACUAUAUAUACUUCGAGUUGCUCAUCAUUUAAGUUUAUUCUACUAACAGUCACAGAAUACUGGUUGAUAUUCACACCACUCUGUUUAACUGUACGAACAGCAGUACAAAACAUAGGUGCAUUGUUUGAGCAUGAAAAAGUCCAACUCUUAAUAUGCUAACAUUUACUAAGAAUAAACGCCCCAAACUACUAAGACACACACGUUAUAGUUUGGUAUACCAAUGCAUGUCUUUCUUUAGUACAGAUUCCUUUCAAAAAUUACUAUGUAGGAUUUUAGCAAAUAAAAUUGACAAAAGCCAUUUUAGUAAAAAAAUGUUUCUAAUUUCUUUCAUGAUGAACGUAACAUAUCAACAUAUGAGUGUGAUGCACAGAACUUGAGAUGGUAUUCUGACAAAAGAACUGACAUGGAGUUCUGCACAUUUCUAAAAUCACUCUUUCAUAUUAAAGACUAAAGGCAAAAAGUAGAGCAGUACCUGUUUGUUGACCCCUAAGUGAUAUCGGGUGAAAUGCAAAUGAGGAUUUUAGUUAUUUAAAUCAUCCAUGGCUUUUUUUUAGGUAAUCGUCAUAAUAAAUACUAAGCAGCAACUUUUUCUCGCAGUAGUGUUAGUGACGCAUCAAAUCUUAACUUCUUGUUUCAAAUUGACAUCUAGAUGUAUAUAAACUGACUUGUGUGAGGUACAUAAAUCCUGAUAACCAGAUAAAUCUAUUAACCGAGCUUAUUUAUCAUCUAAUCAGCCAGUUAUUCUUGCUUUGGAAAUUUUAUUGUCAAAAGCAAUGGCCCUGAAUCUGAACUGCUUCUGGUAGCGUUCAAUAUAUGACAUGUAUGUUAUUUAUAUUUAAAUUGCCCUUUUGGUUAAAAUAAGAAAAUACAACAAUAACACUUUUAUGGCACAGUUUGUCAAUAAAGUCGACAUUUUUAUUUAUUUAAUGUAGUAUAAUAGCCAAGAUAUAUUCGAAUAAUAAUAGUAAUCAACAUUAUAAGCAUUAAUAGUUUAUCACAUUGGCUGCGGUUGGUUUUUCAAAACAGAGUGGUUGUUGCUGCGCCCAAGACAUUGGUAAACUGAGGACUUUUGAAUUAACUUUGAAUUAAGAUUUAAAUCAUGCUUGGGUUCUUUCGAAAAUGAUUCAAUGAUUUAGUUGUGAGAAUAUGAUAAGCUGGCAUAUGGUUAAACUGCUACAAUAUCAAUUUUGCUCUGCUUUUGUUUGCAGUGCGCCGCUCCACCCAUUUUAAGUUUGUAUUGUCUCCAGGCCAGACACACUGCAGUCACUGGCUGCAUUGCAAUGGAGAUUUUUUUUUCAAUGUAAAACAGGGGUCUCAAAUCAGUGGUCAAGUCUUGACAAACUUGCAGAGUGAGUCAACACUGACGAGAACAGAAACAUGGCUUGUACGUUUACCUUUCUGCAGGUCAUUUCUUAAAAUUGGUCGGAAACCAAUUCACACAGUUGAACCGUUUUAUCCAAUCUAGAUCUUUGAUUUGAAUUCAAGCACAAAACAAGGUCAGCAUUAAAAUUAAAUGAAUAAGAACAUUGACUAGUUGAAAAAUUAUGUUGACCCUGUUGAGGCUCCACAUCAGUCUGGAGUCACAGGGCGCUGUCCUUGUAUUGACAGCCCAGCAUCGCAGGACCGAAAGGUCCCUCUGUCCGUCGGUGUGUUUCUCUUUCUCUUCCCCUCUCUAUUGAUGCUAUCUCAAUCCUCUGAAUAUCACCAACAUGGUAAUAUCUCCAGUGCUUUGGUGGCAUUAGUCCUUAAUUUUAAGGACUCUUUUUAGCUCCAGCCCCAAACGAAAAUCGUGUUGGGAUAUGUUGCCUUGGUUUCCUGGCCGGGCUUCACCAAAAACUGGUGAUAACACAACCACAGGAAACAUGACUACAAAUGCUGGUGAGGUUCACUGAGCAGUUGGUGAAGAUAUCCACCAAAAGCAUUACAAAUAUCAGUGGCACAUCUGGACCCUGACACGACUUGACUCAGUAAUCCCUUCUAAAGUAAAGCUAGAACGCCGGCUAGUGAGUUGGGCCCAUCAGACGUUGCAUGAAGAGAGACUGACUGCAUUUGAGACCCCUGCUUUAAGACUUUAAGCUUUCUCCAAAACAGUGGUUGGGCUCUCUGACCCCUAGUGAACCCUCACUGCCAUUUUACAAUGAAGUUUCCUUUCCCUGACAAUAAUAAAUAAUAUAAUGUUAAUUUACAGCUGCAGUUUUCUGCCACUUUUUUAAUGUCUGUUUGUUUACGUCUGUCUUGAACGCAGCAAAGUAACAUUUAUAACUACAAUGAAAAAUAAUAUGGUGUCAUUAAUAUGAAUAUGAUCAGAAGAAGAAAAUGUGUUGAAGUAAAUGUGUAAAACUGUUUUUGGUUGCUGGUGUUCUAAUCUGGUAUAGCCAGAAUCAAAAAUCAUCAUUUUUAAAAUCAUGUGCUUUAAAGUAUCCAGCUGCACUGACAGUAAUAAAAAGUAGCGUUUAGAAUAUUUACCACAGAGUAAGUAGAGAGUAAAGAGAUCAUGCAUCCAGGUCAGGUCAGUCACUCAAAUAGCUGAAAGGUUUUCUGGGAUGAAUAUUAAUGUUUAUACAGAAUCCGUUUUCACUCUGUCUAUUUCACAAACGCAGACAAACACAAACUCUUCUGCCAGUAAAUAGAUGGAGCCAGACACUCUGUAAUUAAGUAAGUCUGAACCGCAUCAAUCACCCGUUGCCCUGGCAGCAGAGCAGAAAGAUGUUGGACAGAUUUACAGUAAUAGUGUUUUCAUUUCUCUGCAGAUACUUCAUACAGAUGCAUCCUCUUCCUGCAUCUUGCCAAGUUUGACUGCAUUCGAAGUUAAGGUCUCUCUUCAUUGUGCAUCUUGAGUGAACUUUUGCCCUGUGCGACUUAAACAGUGUAGAUUGUUGUGAUGAGAAUUUUAAGGAAAGGAUUGUAAAUGUCCGGAUUUAAGUUCUGUCUUUUCCUUGGACCACAGAGGUGCAUUUUCUCUGCCUGUGCUCCUUAAGCAGCAAAGAUUGAUGAGCCAUGUAGCUGUUGUAACGCCAGCUAAGGGACUGAACUUUGGAUUUUAAUAGAAAACCUUUAAUGUAAAGUUAUUUGGGGAAACGAAUCAGGUUUUUUUAAGACAACGUUUCUGAUAUCUCUGAGUAUUCCCAAGAGCCGCUGAUUCAUUUGAUUUAUUUUUAGGUAUAUUUCUGUAUUUCUUUACUUGGAUGUAUUUUGUAUCCAAAUAAUUGCUGGAAACUCUCUUGAGCUGAUGUAAACGGGAUGUAUGAAAUAAAGCGACGAUGACAUGAAACAUUGUGCUUUCACUCGGUUUAUAAUUUUCCUCUAGUAUCUCCAUUCGCCAA